AUUGAGAUAGAGAAAAAUUGUUAAUUGUUUUUUUCUCAGUUAAUUGUCGUCAGCUGAGCCUUUCAUUGUUUAUUAUUUGAUUCUUUAAUAGGCUCGAAUGACGAAGAUCCAUCAUCAUGAUUAUGAUCAUUAUAUAUUGUUACCAUUUAAUCAACCAAUCAAUCAUCAUGAUGAUCAAUAUUAUUAUUGGGGUUGUUAAAUAGGGAGAGAGAAUCUCUUUCUUUUUCUCUUUCUUUUCAUCCAUUUUGUUUUGUUUUGCUUUUGCAGAGUUGGAAUGAAAUGGAUUAAAGACUGAUUGUUAAUUAUCAUCUAAUCAGUUCUAUUAUUUAGUUGUCAUGGUUUAUGGAUUCUUAUUUAAACAUAAAUCUCAUCUUCUUUAAACCAACAGAAUCAAUUGAGACACAAUCAACUAAACAUAAACAAUUAAUUCAACAACAACAUCAACAGUUUCUUACAAAUUAACCUGUUGAUAAUUCACAAUCAAAUCAUGUCCACAUCAAUUACACUGAUCUACACUCUUAGCAUACUGAUUGCUAUUGUCAACUGCAGAAGUGUUAACACACCAAAUGUUUGUAAACUAGAACCACAAUCAGGUUCAUGUUAUGGUUUAAAUGAACGUUAUUAUUUUAAUGGUGAAACUGGAAGUUGUGAAAUAUUUAAUUACGGUGGAUGUCAAGGUAAUGGUAACAAUUUCAUGACAAUUGAAGACUGUCAAUCAAUGUGUUCACCGAUGAAACGUUCAAUUCGUGAAGUGUCCGAAACACCUCAACCUUCACCCACCAAUGAAACGAUUGAACAACAACCACAACAACAAUCACCGAAUGAAACAAUCACAUCUCCACCAGCUGAGCCAAUUGUCACCACAUCUAAACCAAAUAAUCCUGAGACAGAAGCACCAACCCCACCCAAAACAAGGGAAGAAGUUUGUUUCCAGCCUUUCGCUGAAGGAAAUUGCAAAGAAAAUCUAAUUCGUUACUAUUAUGAUCCCGAAAGUAACAAGUGUAAAAAGUUCAUUUUCAAAGGAUGUUUUCAGUACGAUAACAAUUUCGAGAAGUUAGAAGACUGUGAAUCCCUUUGUGUCGUUCCUACACCCUCACCUCAACCUCCACCACCCACAAGAUAAACACUGAAUCCCAACUCAAUUCCACCCUCCAUGUACAUCUCACCUCAACCUUUUCUCAAUCCAUGCUGAUUAAUUCAAUUGUCUUGUAAUCAAAUGAACGACAUCCACAGUUGAUUACAUUUAGAUUGCUUUUAUUAUUUAUUUUGUACCAAAUCUUACAAACAGCAAAAAACAUACUCUAAUUAUGUUUUUACUUAAUUGUUGUCAUCACCAUUAACCAUUGUAAACAUUUCGUUUUUCAAUCAUAAUCACAAUCAUGUCUUUUUUUUGUAAUUAAUAAACAGUUUUCAAUAUAA